GCUAAUACCAUAUUGAGAUUGAGGAGGUACAAGUGCACUGCACAAAACUAAUAUAACUCAAUUACAUAAACCAUCUUAUUUUAGAGGAAAUUAAUAAAAAAAUAUGCUGCCAAUAGAAAAUUUGGUUAAAAAAGGGCUAAUGAACAUAGAAGAAGGGAGAGAUGAAUACCAAUUCAUUAAGAAUGGUUUCUUGAAGGGUAUGGGAUUUAUGGGGCAUGCCACAAUGGUCAUGGCUCUUUACAAGAACAAUGUUUCCUUUAGUUUGGCAAGGCAAGCUCGUUGGGAUUCGUUUAAGAUUUUCUCUGAGGCGCUGGCAAUUAAAUGUGGUGGGGAUGCCAAUGUGAGGUAUGCUUGGUAUGGCGGCUCAUUGGAUGAACUCAUAGAGGUUGUCUCAGUUGGAUUCAGUGGAUGCAAAAAUCAUGAUAAUGAUAAUGAUGAGUGUCAUGGUGUUGGGAUUUCCUUAUUUUCUGCCAAUUUUUCCAUUGAUAGUGCUAUGUCUACGGUAGCAGAUGAACAUGGUUUGAGGCAUGUGCUGCUAUGCAAGGUAAUAUUAGGGAAUGUAGAAGCUGUUCCUGCAGGGUCAAAGCAGAGCCAGCCUAGUUCUAAGCAAUAUGACACUGGGGUGGAUGAUAUUUCAGCACCUAGAAGACAUAUUAUAUGGACUGCUUUUAUGAAUUCACACAUUUAUCCAGAUCAAGAGAUAGAUGGGCCACUAAAACCUCGAUCGCAAUAUGUUUUGUUUCCCAAUUUAGUGGCAAGAGUUUCUAACCAUUUGAAACCAUCACAAAUGUCUCUGUUACUAAAAAGCUACCGUAUUUACCAAGAACAAAAGAUUUCACGAGAAGUAUGGAUACAUAAAGUGAGAUUGAUAGUGGGGGACAGAUUGCUUUAUUCAGUGAUCACAAAUGCGUAGCUUCUUUAAUCCCUUUUUUGUUGUUUGUUACCAGAAAUUUCUUGGUUUUCUUUUUCCUCUCCCUUGUGUGUGUGAUUUAGUUUCAUUUUUAUACAUAGAAUACAAAAAGUUCACAGGAAAAUUAACGUAUAGUAGAUAUAUAGAAUGAAAGAACCAUAGGAGGAGAGGACAAACUAACAAUGUAUUUAAAUCGUGUAUAUCCUUAUACGUGGUUUCUCUCAUCUGUUCAAAUGCAUUUUUAUCCUAUCUUGGUCCUUAAAACUUUUUAAAGUAGUAGCUUAAAUUGGUCUUCUUCUCUAUACAACUUUCAUUUCACCGUAAUAUACUCUACCUGAUCUCUUUGAUGAGUACCAAAAAGCUUUUUGAAAUCAAUUAUUAAGGAUUAUCUCAGGAUUCACUUACAAAAUGACAAAUCAUUUUAUUAAUAAGUGACAAUUUUUUUAAAAAAUACUUCCCUAAUUUCUAAUGUUAUAAAUAACUUAAAGUGAAAUUUUUAUAAAAAAUGAAAUGAAAUUUGAAAUAAAUAAUAUAUUUAAUAACAUAUUUAAAUCAUACUUCUAUUUCUAAAAUAUUUCCCUCUUCUCAUACCAUAAAAGGAUAUCUAUCAACGAAGUCCUUGCUAACCCCAAAAACCAAAAUCCAUUUCAAACCAUUUUCUUUGGUCCACCCUGAGAAACCCACUUCUAAUCCUUGACCAAUUUUACUGUAAGGGCAAAAUCUUUGGUCAUUGCUUAUUUCUGCAACAUGUCAAAAUAAAGGAGCUGUAACAAAUUCAUGUUCCAAACUAAGCGGAUCCUGGUACCACAAAACGCUUUUGUUUCAAUCAAUGUAAAAAUGUGCCUAGAUUCAUUUUCUCUAUAUUUGAUAUGGAAUUUUCUGAUAUAGUGGGUUGCUUUGCAGGAGUACUCAUACAAACCAUGACUUUACGUAUUUUGCUUAUUGACCAAGAAAGAGUCUUUGAGCCUUUAUGAACGGGUUACAACAAGAGGGUUUUAGUCAGAAUUCAAUGAAGAUUAUUUUUCAGAACUUUGAUCUGGUGAAUUUCAGAUAAAGUUUGUUCUACCUCUUUCUCUUGUUAGACUGCUUGCAUAUGUAGAGAGGAGUAUGAGAACAUGAGUUUCUGUUUCACUAUUACAUAUACAUGUCCAUUUAUAAAUAUAAAUAUAUUCUUAUUUCCUUACU